AUGUUUACACGUUUGCAAAUGAUAAAUCCUGGAUGCGAUACCAUCUUCAAUGACUAAGAAACCAAUGAGAAUCUAAAUUUUUUGACCCAACCAAUUAAGAAAAUAUUCUUGAGUAAUGAAUUGACAAUACCUCAAAUUGUUAUUAAAAGCAAUUUCUAGUAAGAACUCAUUUGCUUUAUGUUAGAACUCCAUAAACCAAAUAAAUCUCAUUCAAUAAUUCAGAAUAGAAAUCAUUCUAGAAGUUUCAAUCAUAAUUAGCAAUUCAGAAUUUCACUCAAUUACCCAUAAGCUAAUUUAAAUCUAUCACCCUCGAUCAAAAAUAAGGGUAUGUAUUAUUACUCCAUACAUCUACAACCUCAUACACAAUAUUAUAAUUUAAAUUUAAAUAUCAUAUUCGAAAUAUUACAACCUAAUUUAUUUUAUUUGAAUCAAGAACAUAAACCUUGUAAUUGUAGGAAGAGUAAAUGUUUGAAAUUGUAUUGUGAUUGCUUUGCUGUUGGAAAACUAUGCUCCUCAAAAUGCAAUUGUUGUGGAUGCUUUAACAAUAGUUCUAAUCUACUUGAACGAAACUCCUUUAUCCAAAAGAUGAUUGAAAGGAAUCCUUAAGCUUUCAAUUAAAAAGUUUAGGAAGUCGAAUCUAAAAUGACACACGCAAAGGGAUGCAAUUGCAGAAAAAGUGGAUGCCAAAAGAAAUAUUGUGAAUGCUAUUAAAUGGGAAUAGAAUGUUCCGAUAAUUGCAAAUGUGAUGGAUGUCUUAAUUGUAGUUCAAAUACAUUGACUAAACAAUAAGAUACAUCUUAAUACUCCUUAAAUCGCAAACUCAAUUUCUGA